AAUAUUACAUUAAAUCGAUUGUUAAUAAUUGUUAUGAUUUGUUAACAAUCGGUGUUAACAUUGCUAUCAAUAGUUAUGUAAUGAAAUGAUAUAUUAAUCAAUGAAAUGUCAAUACAAUGGCAUUCAUUGAACUGUUGUUCAAUGCAUUCAACGUUUACGUCGAUUACAUAUUAGUUACGCUMCGAUUGCGGCCAUCAGUGGUCACCAAUGCUUACGAUAAUAAAAUGCAUUUAAACAUCAGAUACGGCAAACAAAACAAAACAUUUGGCCUUAAUUUGACACCUGAUAUGUGCGUUGAAGAUAUUAAGCGACAGCUGAAAGACAAAAUUGAUGUCAAUCUCUGGUCAGAUAUUGUGAUCAUAUUUUCGGGCAAAGAGUUGCCAAAUGAACUCAAACUAAGUGAUUGUGAUUUCGGACAGAAUUCGGUGAUUCACGCCAUCAAUGCUAUCAAUAUUAAGACGAAGACUAAUCUGAUACCAUUCACUCAGUCGACCAUCAAUGAGAAGCUGACAAAUCUGAGUAUCAAUGAUACCAGCGAUGAGACCAGAGAUGAACUGAGAGAACGUCGUCUGCUGUCUUCAGUUACCAGUGAUGACCACAAUAAAGAUCGACACAAAUAUUUCUUUGUAUUUUGCAAUACAUGUAAACAAUUGACAAACGGAAAGUUAAGAGUUGUUUGUGAUAAAUGCAAAAACGGCACAAUUAUUGUGGACAGAGAUCCGCAUGAGUGGGACGAUGUGCUAAUUGAUGGUCGUAUUAGAGGUGUCUGUCAGUCAGAGGACUGUAACGGAAGUAUAGCCAGGUUUUACUUUAAAUGUGCCUCAAAUUCACACAACACUACCGAUGACCAGACGGCAUACGAAGCCUUCGAGAGUAACCGUACGGCUGUCCUCUACUUAGUUCGUCACAAUAUCAUCGAUGUUUCAUGUCUUGCCUGUACUGACAUUAAAGAUACUGUUUUAGUGUUUACUUGUGUAUCAAAACAUGCCAUUUGUUUAGACUGUUUUAGAGAUUAUUGUCUUUCGCGACUUAAUGACAGACGUUUUAUAACGGAUCCGAUAGUAGGUUAUACUCUCAACUGUGCCGUUGGUUGUAGUGAUUCACUUAUACGAGAGACACAUCACUUUAAAUUAAUGGGCGAACAGGCGUAUGAAAAGUACCAAAGAUUUGGUGCCGAAGAAUUUGUGCUGAACUUUGGCGGAGUUCUGUGUCCACAACCGGGCUGUGGCGCCGGUAUUAUGUUGGAUGAAACAGAUCCCGAUAUAUGUACGCGAAUUACUUGUGGUGAAUGUGGAUUUGUUUUUUGUCGUAAAUGUCUUCAGGGAUCUCAUGUGGACGAUUGUCUUAUCGAGUCCGACAAUUCACUAUAUGAGCCAAAUACCAGUUCCUUUAAAAAUAUGAAUACUGAAAAUGCAGACCAAUCUAAAUGGGAUGAGAUUAUGAGCCGAACGGCCAUUAAAUUGUCGACUAAGCCGUGUCCUAAAUGUCGGACACCUACUGAACGUAACGGUGGUUGUAUGCAUAUAGUGUGUACCAGAGCUCAAUGCGGUUUUAAUUGGUGUUGGAUUUGUCAAACAGAGUGGAACAGGGAUUGUAUGGGAAAUCAUUGGUUUGGUUGAAAUCAGAGUGUUUA